AAUUUUUGUACAGUGGGGUCUAAACACAAUUUUGUUGCUCCUCUAUGCAUGAAGUAAAGUGGCGGGGAGGCUCAACCUUGAAGCCAUAUUUCAAGUUCAUAGAAACAAGAGUUUCAAGGCAUAAGAGUUCUCAUAGUGAUCCAGUUCAAAGAAAAGUUGAGAAACACGAACCCAAUAACAUGUGUGAAGCUUCUCAUAACCUUGAAUUGGAAAAAAUGGAACAGCUGGAGGACUCUGUUAAAGCCAAGAAUAGACUGCCUCCCAACGCAGAAGUUCAAGAUUCUUUAAAGGAAGAGAUUGUAGAACUCCAGGACCGAUUACAGAAUCAGUUUGUGAUGCGCCAUGCAUUGGAGAAGGCAAUGAGUUAUUACCCUUUUUCCUAUGAUACUAUGAAUGAUAACUCAAUCCCCAAGGCCACCAAGGAACUAAUUAAGGAAAUUGCUGUGUUAGAACUGGAAGUUGUACAUUUGGAACGGUAUCUUCUCUCUCUGUAUAGAAACACAUUUGAUCAUCAACAAGUGUCAUCUCAAUCAAUCUGUGAUGAAAUAUGCAAAAUGAAUUCAAUCACACAUAAAGAGACAUUUCCGGUAGUUCCAAGACAAGAUAUCAUAGCAGAUAAUCACAAUUCAGUUAAGCAGUCAAAUCAUCUUACUUGGCAUCAAAAUCCAAGUGGAAAUCGACCUAUGGAAUGCAAUGGCACUUGGGGACCAGGAAAGCUGUUAGAUUCUAGUAUCCACCAAUAUCACUCCUCCAUAUCUCAGCGUUCAAUUGGUUCUCCUUCAAGCAAAUCUGUAUCUAGAACGGUAGACACAUGCCGUUCCCUCCCGUUGUCAAUGCUGGAGCAUGGUCAGAAUAAUAAUUCACAUGCUACCUGUCUGGUGGAUUAUCUUGGAACCAAUAUUCAAGAUUAUGUUUGUGAGACUCCAAACCUGCUCUCAGAGGAGAUGAUCAGGUGCAUCUCAUCCAUAUACUGUAAACUGGCAGAUCCACCUUUGAUAGUUCAUGACUACCCUUCCUCUCCUGUUUCAUUCUCUUCAUCACAAACUGAUUUGCCAGCACAAGGCAAGGGUGAGAUGUGGAGCUUCAAUUCAUCUAUUGACAAUCCUUUCCACAUUGGACAGUCUAAGGAACUCAGUGGACCAUACUGCACAAUGGCAACAGUGCAUUGGAUUCAUAGAGAUAGUUAUAAGCUAAAAGAUGUACAGCAUAAGCUACAAGAUUUUAGGUCACUUGUCUCCCAGUUGGAAGCAGCUGAUCCUAGAAAAUUAAAACAAGAGGAGAAGCUAGCUUUUUGGAUCAAUGUGCAUAAUGCACUAGUUAUGCAUGCAUUUUUGGUUUAUGGGAUCCCAUGCAGUAGUAUGAAAAGAACGUCUUUACUACUCAAGGCUGCAUAUAAUGUGGGUGGUCACACUGUUAACGUAGACAUGAUACAGAAUUCUAUUCUGGGGUGUCACCUUCUUCGUCCAGGACAAUGGUUGCGGCAUCUGUUUUCAUUUAAGCCAAAAUUCAAAGCUGGAGAUCCUAGGAAAUCUUAUUCCAUUGAUCACUCUGAACCUCUCUUACACUUUGCACUUAAUGCAGGACGUUGUUCCGAUCCCGUGGUCCGAGUGUACUCUCCCAAGAGAGUGUUUGAGGAUCUGGAGGCUGCAAAGGAAGAGUAUAUUCGGUCAAACUUAAUUAUACAUCAAGAUAAGAAACUCCAUCUACCAAAGCUUGUGGAGUGCUAUGCCAAGGAGCUAGAUCUUUGUCCUGAUGGUUUGCUGGAUAUGAUAGAGCAUUUACUGCCUAAUUCUUUGAGGAAGAGCAUUCAGGAUUGUCAACGCAGAAAACAUGGCAAGAGCAUUGAGUGGAUUCAUCACAACUUCGAAUUCCGCUAUCUCCUUUCAAGAGAACUAGUCUAGUGGUCUUAUCUCUUAUGAAGAUAUGGUUGGGAUUACACAAGUGUUGGAACUAAUGAGCAGUCCUUUUCUUCAAUAUAUUUCUCAGUUCUGGUAGCAAGAUAAGAAUGAGAGGAGAAUCAGAACAAAACUAUGCAGACGAUUAGGUACUGCCAAGUUGAUUUUUGACAUAUUGAAGUGUGCUUCGUGUGAGGAUAAUGAUCAAAUAGGCUGAAGAUCAUUAAGCUUGAAAAACUGUUCUGAUACAUCAAGCUCUUAAAAAGACUAGAGCUUGUCUGAUUAAUCAUUCUUAGAGCAGCAUUGUUGUGAUUCAGCUGUCAUUCCCAAUUGUCUUGCUACAAUUUUCAAUCAGUUUCCAUGCAUACAUGAUUAGAAUGGACAUGCUACUUCUUUGUCUAAAAAUAUCCCUAUUUUGUAAAACUAGAAAUUAG